AGUAGAAAUUUUCAUUCCUUUUUCAUUCUCUCUUCAUCGUUGAGACAUAACUGAGUUACGAUUCACGAGUCAGACUUGGUCCUCAAAACCCUAACUAUGGAGUCCAUAGGUGUUCUGAUGCCCAUCCCCAUGAACUCUUAUCUCGAGACUGAGCUCAAGAAGUGCUUCAAUCUCUUCAAGCUAUGGACCUUACCCAACAAGACCCGAUUCAUAAAGGAAAACGCUGAGUCAAUCCGAGCCAUCAUCGAAAACUCAUUCUCCGGUACCGGUGCCGAUGCUAAUACAAUCAGCACAUUCCCCAAUUUGGAGAUUGUCUCAAGCUUUAGCGUUGGAAUGGAUAAGGUUGGUUUGAAAUUGUGUAAGGAGAAGGGUAUUAGGGUCACCAACACGCCUGAUGUGUUGACUAAUGACGUGUCUGACCUCGCCAUUGGACUCAUGCUUGCUGGUUUGAGAAGGUUGUGUGAGAGUAAUCGGUAUGUAAGGGCCAGCAAGUGGAAGAAGGGUGAUUACAAGUUAACCGCCAUGGUUUUCUUUCAUUAUGCUUAUUUAGUUUAAUUAUGUACAUUUCGAUUUGGGAUUAUUAUCACAU